UCUAUGUUGAAAGUGAAAAUGUGUUAAAAAUUGGGUAUAUAUAAGGAUGCUAUACAGUCUAAGGUUCAUUUGAUAUUUUGGACAAUUAUUUGUGGGAUUUUAAUGUCAGUAUCAAGUCAUUAUGAUUGGCAUGACCUCUAGUUGUUUCACAAUCUGUUUAGUGCACCUUUUGCAACUGUCGUCCGGUUACCCUGUCGAAGUUUUAGAUCUGCUUAGGCGUUUGGGAUAUGUUGGUAAUACUUUUCAAAAAGCAGACGGUGCAUCAUCUUGUAGAAAUCUAUUAUCUGACGCUUAUAAAGAUACAGACGAUUUAUUCAUAACACAACUCGCAGACGAUGAUGACAUCAGGAAAUAUUUAAACGAGUGUCAACCGGAACCGGAAAUACGACUCAGUGACUAUGCCCCUGCAAUGCCGCCGUCUGCUAUCAUGAACAAUAAAAGAGAUAGUGCUGAUGAACCAUUAAAUGGUGAUCUUGAAAGAUUAGUUCGGAGAAGCCAUGCUGAAAAUAUCAGACGAAUGAACUGUAUCAGGAUUUUCCAAAAUUCGGGUCAAUUAAUUGCCAAAUGUCUACAAGAUAGAAUGAUGGGUACCGAGCAAUUUCAAGGAUAAUACUAGCUAGUAUGGACAUUGAAACAUUUACAUUGUUGAAAUAAAAUUCAAACAAAAUAUUUCUGGAAUUAUA